GGUGUAUUAUCACCAAAACCCUCCCUCUCCAACACUUGCCACUAAAAUUAGUGGGAAUUCCAAUUCUUAAAUUUCCAGAAACUCCACAUUUUAAGAGGAGAGAGAUUGAGUUCUGAAAUUGUUCACACAACAAAGCAGAGGAGGAUGUCAAUGUCCUCGGUUGUACCUUCUUCUUCACCUACCAUUUCUCUUUCUUCAUCAUCUAUCACAAGAAAACCCCUCUUUCUAUCUCCUCCCUUCAUUCGCCCUUUCGCCCCUCUACAACAUCGGUUCAAGAGUCGUCAUGUAAAGUGUAGUUACUCAAGAACAAAUGGAGAGGAGAGCUCCAGAUCUACUACAAUAGAUGUUAUAGCUGAUGUAAGAUCUGAAAAGUUAGUUGUUCUGGGAGGCAGUGGUUUUGUUGGAUCUGCAAUAUGUAAGGCUGCGGUAUCAAAAGGCAUUGAGGUUGUAAGUCUAAGCAGGUCAGGACGGCCUCGUAUUUCAGAAUCUUGGGUAGAUCAAGUUUCUUGGUUGCCAGGGGAUGUUUUUUAUGCAAAUUGGGAUGAAAUCCUUAUUGGAGCAACUGCUGUUGCUUCAGCCGUGGGAGGUUUUGGAAAUGAGGAGCAACUGAAAAGGAUUAACAGCGAGGCUAAUAUUGCGGCAGUAACUGCUGCAAAAGAAUAUGGAGUCCCUAAAUUCAUCCUGAUCUCAGUUCAUGAUUACAAUUUGCCACCCUUCUUACGUGAAUCCACUUACUUUACUGCAAAGAGGAAAGCUGAGUCAGAGGUUCUUUCAAGAUACCCUAGUUCAGGUGUUAUACUAAGGCCAACUUUCGUAUAUGGUAAAAGAAGGGUAGAUGGCUUUGAGAUCCCUCUCGACUUGGUUGGGGAGCCAUGGGAGAAGAUUUUGAGUGCUACAGAGAACUUUACCCGACCUUUAAAUUUUCUACCCGCUUCAGAUUUACUGUUUGCAGCACCUGUUAAUGUCGAUGAUCUUGCGCUGGCGGUAAUAAGUGCUGUCACAGAUGAUGACAUGUUCGGUAUAUUUACAAUUGAUCAAAUUAAGCAAGCUGCAAAAAAUGUCAAGGUUUGAGCCGUGUGAACGUGUGAAUUGAUGGUCAUCGGCGUCAGUGGGUUUGCCAGAUAGUGACUGGAUAUGUAAUAGAGUCUGAUACUUUGAUGUAUGGAACUGCAGGAUGUAUGGAUCAACCACAUAGUAAUGUGUAUAUAAUCUAACUACAGAGAAUUAUACAAGUUUUUAUCGUUCGUUGACUGCUA